AUGGCUUGCCAGACCUACAGCUUCUUUGUUCUCUCUGUCAUCCUGAUUUAUUUUGGACAGUUUGGAAAUAGCUUAAGCCUUCCUGAUCUUCAACAUCACAUAGACAAACUGAAAGCUGACUUUAACUCAAGCAAUUCAGAUGUAGCUGAUGGUGGACCUAUCUUCACAGACAAACUGACAGCUUGGACAGAGAGAAAUGAAAAAAGGAUCAUUCUGAGCCAGAUUGUUUCCAUGUACUUGAAAAUGUUUGAGAGCACUGACAAGUCAAAGGCACACAUCAAGCACAUAUCUGAGGAGCUCUACACUCUGAAAACCAGCCUUCCCGAUGGCUCCAAGAAGAUGAAAGACCUCAUGGACCUGGCAAAGAUGCAGAUGAGCGACCGGAAGGUGCAGCGCAAGGCUGUGAACGAGCUGUUCAGCGUCUUACAGAAGCUGAUGGAGCCCUCGGGCUCCCACAAAACCAAACGGAGCCACUCUCAGAGGAGGUGCAGAUGCUACUGA